UGUUAGCUUGAGCAGAUUUGUUAUGGUUAAUUUUGGAGCUAGUUGUUUUGAUGCCGUUAUAAGUAGUGAUGGUAUUUUCUGGCUUGAGGGAAAGCUGAUCAAAUACACAGAGAAACGCGUGUAAUUCCUGCGCUGGUUUGGGUUCGGUAACUGGAUUUACAGUCUUUACUGCACUGACUGUUGAUUUCAGUGAUCGACAGAUUUACAGGUAUUGGAGGACAAAGGAUGUCUGGAGAUCUUGUGGCUGUCUGGGAAGUGGCUUUGAGCGAUGGUGUGCACAGGAUUGAAUUUGAACAUGGCACAACAACAGGAAAACGGGUUAUUUACAUUGAUGGGAAGGAAGUAAUAAAGAGAGACUGGAUGUUCAAACUGGUUGGAAAGGAGACAUUUCAUGUGGGAGGAACAGACAUGAAGGCCACUAUUAACAUAGAUGCAGUGAGUGGUUUGGCAUACGAGUACACUCUUGAAAUUAAUGGACAGAGUCUAAAGAAAUACAUGGAGAACCGCUCCAAAGUUACCAGCACAUGGCUCCUCAACCUAGAUGGCAUCGACUGCAGAGUGGUUCUGGAGAAGGACACCUUGGAUAUAUGGUGCAAUGGUCAGAAAAUGGAAACAGCUGGAGAGUUUGUUGAUGAUGGUACAGAAACACACUUCUCUCUGGGUGACCACUACUGCUGCAUUAAAGCUGUUAGCAGCGGAAAGAGACGAGAUGGCAUCAUUCACACACUGCUGGUGGAUGGCAUGGAAGUUAACGAGUCUGCUGAAUGAUCAGUGUCUGGGAAUUAUCCAUCCUUAUGAGAAGAGUGUGUUACUUAAUGUGUUUGGUUAUAGGAAUUGAAUGUGCAUCAUCGGUGCUGAUUGUAAACACAAAUCAGCAUCGUGUUGGUUCAGUAAUGGACUGUUUUGAGGCAUUGAUGAUGAAAGGGAUGUGUCUUACAAACUAAAUUUAAAGGGACAGUUCACCCUAAAGUUAAAGUGUUCAAUUACUCACUUUCAUGCCAUCGCAGAUGUGUAUGACUUUCUGUAUUCUGCUGAACACAAACAAACAUUUUUAGAAGAAUAUCUCCGCUCUGUAGGUCCAAACAAUACAAGUGAAUGGUAACCAGAACUUUCAAGGUCCAAAAAGCACAUAAAGGCAGCAUAAAAGUAAUGCACUCUAUUUUAUACACUCUAUCUACUUCAUGCGAUUAUCUAAUCAACCAAUCAUGUGGCAGUUGUGUAAUGUAUAAAAUCAGGCAGAUAUGGGCCAGGAGCUUCAGUUAAUGUUCACAUCAACCAUCAGAAUGGGGAAAAUGUUUGACCUGUAUCUGCAUGAUUUUAUACAUUACAUUGCUGCCACACGAUUGGCUGAUUACCGAAUUGCAUGAAUAAGUAGGUGUACCUAACAAAGUGGCCUUUGAGCGUUUGUCUUCUAGAGAGAUCAAUAUUUUUACUCUAAAUCUCCACUUUCAUUUUCAGAUUUGAGAAUGAAUCUAAACAGAAUCCACAUGUGACUUUUAGAUGUAAAAGUGAAAGUGGAGAUUGGUAAGAAAGGACUUAAAUAUAUUAUCUGUUUCUCAGCCACACCUAUUAUAUCACUUCAAAAUACAUGAAUUUAACAACUGGAGUCUUAUGGGUUGCUUUUAUGCUCCCUUUAAGUGUUUUUUGGAGCUUCAAAGUUUUGGUCACCAUUCACAUGCAUUACAAGGACCAACAGAGCUUAAAUAUUAUUCGAAAUAUCUUAGUGUUUUGCAUAAGAAAGAAAGUCAUACACAUCGAGGGGGGGCAUGAGGAUGAGUAAAUUAUGAGAGAAUGAACAUUUUUGGGUGAACUAUCCCUUUAAAGGGGUUUCUUGCAACUGGGUCCUGAGCUUUAAAAUCUGAGAUUCUCACAAUGCAAUUAAACAUGACAAAAGUGAAACAGAUGUGAGGAUUUUAGGACCUGUAUAGUUUGUUAUGAAGGUCAUGUGAAGUAUUGAGAAGAUUGUUGGUGUCAAAUAUCCUUGUGCGGUAGCACAAUCAUGUUCUCAAAUGCAUUAAAUGGUCCAAAUUAGUAUUAAAUGUGAACAUGUUUUAGAAUACUCUGUCUAUAAGAAAUGUAUCUUACCAGCCAUUUCUCAUAAAUAAGGUCAGAGUACAGCAAUAAUAUUCUUUAACAAUUACAUGUGUGUCUUUGUGCUUUGAGACACUUUGAUUGAAGGCAGUGUGACAAGCAAGAAUACUUGUUUCUAUAUCUCAUAAUCCAUUUGUCCUGCAAAUUCAAGGUGUGUCAAAUUCUUUUAUUGGCAUCAGCUUUUUUCUGAAACAAUGAUCUUAUGUAAUGUCCAUAGCUGCUUGCUGUGUCAUGGCACAAUGUUUAGGUUAUUAAUAAAUUGACUGAAUCUAAAUAUGAAUCAAGCUGUUCCCUAACAGCGUUUCUAUUCCUUAACAGCAUUUUAAAGUGUAAUGUUAAAGGGUAACUAAACCCUAAACCAACUUUUUUUAGUUAAUGAUCUGUAAGCAUGGGGCUUUAUUAGUACUGGUCAUUGAUUCAAGUAAUUUUUUUGACAUUUGUGUAUAAAGUGUUUUAAUUCUACAAUAUAUGGUGUAAAAACGUCUGAGUGCUGCCCUCUUCAGGUUGAACGGUGGCUACUGCAGUUGAAUUUUCCUAUUGGCUGUUGCGGUACUUCGUGACGUAAGAAGUGACAGCUGACGUAAGCAGGUUCCAGCUCACCACGCCAGAUUCAUGUACAUGUCAUCUUGCGACCGUGUGAGGAAUAAUAAUAACAUAGAGUCUGACAGCAGCUGUCAAAUAUUUCUAGUGGGUGGAGUCAGACUCUGAGCAGGUGUAUAGUUACCCUUAACAACCACAUAUUUGUCUUUCUUAGAAUGAUUGAUUGGUUGGAAUUUAAAUGUGCUUCUUAUGUAAACUUGUUUAAUUUACUACACAAGUAGAAGAAUGUUGCAUUAGUAUUGGAAUAUAUUUGCUGUUAAAAUUUUUUUCAUAAUUUGACCCCGAUGUAUUGAAUUUUUUUUUAUAUGUUGAACAACUCUUACAUCACAAACGUUUAAGACAUGUCUUGUCAUUAUGGCCAAUUGCAACCAAUGAACAUUUCCCUUGAAUUAAUUUUAAG